AUGGCCCAAAAUGCGUCUUAUACUGAAGUUCUACUUCGUGCUCCCAAAAAUAUUCAGUUAUCUGGUCAUAUAAUCUAUGAUAAACAAAAAAUUGAUAAUGGUAGCCUUAUCCAGUACGAUCAUGACAAGGAAUUAUGGCAAGGUUUGUUUGCUCCACAAAAUACAGGUUUACAUAAAAUAACAAUAUAUGCAAAAGAAAACGAAAAUUCUAGUAUAUCAGAAUCCGUCAUUAACUUCGAUUUAAAUGUGACAGAUUUGAAACGUUUCAUAUUAUUUCCUAAAACCUAUAGUCAAUUUCAAAAAACACAAUGUAAAAUAUAUGAACCGUUUGAAAUGAAAAAGGUUCUAGCGUUACGUUGCAUUGUCAAAUACCUAAUGCUAAUGUUGUUGAAUUCAGUUUGA